GAAAUGGGACAAGAAGAAAGCCACAGCGAGGAGAUGGAUACGGCGCAGAUUCAGGAGCUGUGCAUCAUGUUUAUGAAGGAGUGUCCGAGCGGAUCUUUACACCUACAUGAGUUCAAGAGGAUCUUUGGAGUACAGAGCAGCUCUGCAGAGGAGUCCCUCUUCCUCGAGACGAUAUUUCACUCCUUCGACACAAAUCAGGAUAACACGCUGGAUUUCCUCGAGUAUGUUGCAGCACUUAAUUUGAUCUUGAGAGGCAACCUUGAAGACAGGCUGAAGUGGUCUUUUAAGAUGUACGACAAGGAUGGAAAUGGAAAACUGGACCGACAAGAAGUGAAACGGAUCAUAAAGAUUCUUUACAAAAUCAAGCUUCAGACGGGUGGCAUGGAGAUGACUCCGUCAGAAAUCUGCGAGCGCCUCUUCGAGCUGGUUGACCAGAAUCAUGACGGUCAGAUAAGUUUGUCUGAGUUCAUGGAGGGAGCUCAGAAAGACGAGUGGGUCAUGAACCUGCUGAAGCUGGACGUCAACGCCACCAGCUGGGUCAUACAGAACUGCAGAAGAGCACCGUGA